AUGGCAUUCAUAACGAAGUCUGUCUUUCGCUUGCAUCUUAUCUGCAUUUUUUUCGCCGUCGGGUCAUUUGUUUGGGGUUAUCAUGUCGGUGUUCUUUCGUCUGUUCUUGUCCAUCCAGGUUUCAUUGCUGCUCUUGGUAAACCAACCGCAGCGCAGAAGGGGUUGAUUACGGCGAUCUAUUAUCUUGGGACUUGGUUCAGUUACAUAUUCCUUUCGCAUCCAGCAGCCGACUACUUUGGCAGGCGCUAUGCUGCACUUAUUGGAGCCGGGAUAGUGGCCGUUGGUACAGCUUUUGAGGCCGGUGCAACGGCGCCUGGUGCUUAUGCUAUGAUGAUUAUUGGUCGCAUCAUAAGCGGGAUGGGGGUAGCGAUUAUAUCUACCACGGUUCCGCUCUACCAAAGUGAAAUUGCGCCGGCUGGUCAACGUGGAAAAUAUGUCGUAUUAAACCACAUUGGCUUUGUUGCAGGAUUAGCCACUGGCUUCUGGGUUGGUUAUGGAGUUACAUUUUGGGAAAGUAGCCCGCACGACAUCUAUGUGUCAUGGCGAUUCUCAAUUGCGGUUGUCCUGAUCCCGUGCUUCAUUUUCGCUGUCGGGCUUCCAUUCGUGCCUGAGACACCUCGGUGGCUUGUUGAGCACGGGCACUACAACAGAGCCCAGCGAUCCCUGUAUUGGCUUCGUGAAGGCAGCUGCAGCAAUGCCGAAAUUGAGAUUGAAUUGAACGAAAUCCGUGAUUCAAUAGAAGAACACAAGUCCUACGGUAAAUCCUGGCUGUCGAUUUUCAAAGAGCGCGACCUAUUCAAUCGGCUAUGGCGUGCGUCUCUGCUGCAAUUCAUGGCGCAAAUGUGUGGUGCAACCGCGAUGAAAUAUUAUUUACCGACACUACUUGGCAAACUUGGCGUUCCGACACGCAUCACCCUCUUGAUCGGGGGGAUCGAGUCUACAGUCAAAAUCGGCAUGACCAUCGCUGAGAUGUUGAUAAUCGAUCGAGUUGGCAGGCGCACUACUCUGGUCGCUGGGUCCGCUGCUAUGAGCGCAGGCAUGUUGAUCAAUGGAGUGCUUGGCGAAGUAUAUCCCGGAAAUCAAAACCGUGCUGCUGAUAUUGCAUGCAUCGUCUUCAUAUUCAUUUACGCGAUGGGUUACAGUAUGGGCUUUGGCCCCGCAGCCUGGGUUUAUGGUUCUGAAAUAUUUCCUACUUCAGUUCGAGCUCGUGGCCUCAAUUUCUCAGCCUCCGGCGGCGCCAUUGGUUCCAUUAUUGUUGCUCAAGUCUGGCCUGUCGGUAUCGACCGUAUAGGCUCUCGUAUCUACUUCUUCUUUUUCGCUAUCAACGUCGUCUGCGUUCCAAUUAUCUUUCUGUUUUACCCAGAAACUAAACGUCGUACAUUAGAGAAUAUGAACGUCCUCUUCUCAGGGGGUAGAGGCUCGCAAGCCAGCGACGUCAGUGAUGAACAGAACGAGGUCAUUGUUCCAAAGAACACCGCUAGAGGAAACUAA